CACAGUGAACUACAGUCUCAUCUCUCUCUGCUGAGAGUACAGAGUACACUUUCACUCUCUUCACUGUGUUUGAGGGAGUGAGGGGACCCUAAAGAAUCAUUCUCAUGUCUAUGAAUUCCUCUCCACCUGAUGUUACUCAGGUAAAUGUGGUAACCCACUCUGCGACUGAACUAGUCCUGGAGUGGACCAAAGUGAACAACAACCCCAGUUACUAUUACACACUAGAUAGCAACGGGAUAGAGACCAACAUCACUGCAUCAGAGGGAGGGUCCACAGUGACGCACACAGUGUCAUCUCUCUCUCCUGGGACUAGAUACACAUUCACUCUCUUCACUGUGUUUGAAGGAGUGAGGAGCAGAGGAUUUGAAUUUUCAGCGGCUACAGUCCCCACAGCAACCAGUGUGACAGUAACUUACCGGAAUACGACAGCGUUAUCUCUGGAAUGGAGCACAGCAAACAACACCGACUACAUUCUGAUGCUCAGUUCUGGCAGAAACAUCACAUUCACCAGUCCACCAGAAGACAAAGUGACACACACAAUUGGUUCCCUCCUCCCUGGGACGAUAUACAAUUUUACUCUUUUCAACACCUUCGAAAGCGUGACUCAGAAAUAUGAAUUCGCUACUAUUACAAAAAUCAGCUGUGUUGACUCGCCAUGGAUCUUCACUAGCACCACCAUUGAGGCAGAGGUUCCAGGACUGUACUCCAUGGCAACAGCUAAGAAUAACUAUCAAGGUGGUGACGUGAAUGGCAUUGUGGAGGGAAACAAAGUUUCCUUCUCUAACCUUUACCCUGGGGCUACUUACAGUGUGUCAUUCUAUUAUCUGUUAGAUGAAGAGCGACUUUUACAAUGUUCACACAGUGUAACAUUAGUUCCGGCAGCAGUAACCAGUUUGUCCUGUGAGGGCGGAGACUAUUCUGUGUUUUUGAAGUGGGAGGAACCAUUUGGUCUCUGGACUGAAGCGGAGGUGAAUGUGAUUGGUAUAGGGUCUCAGUUAGUAUCGAGAACAGAUGUUAAGAUAGCUGGACUUGAGCCUUCUCGGACCUACAAUAUCAGUGUCACAUCACUCUCUGGAGCUGUGAGGGGUCCAAAUCAGUGGACCAGCUGUCACACAACAAGUUCAAUGGUGGUCUUGGUACCAGAGGUUGUCAUCAUGCUGCUGGGUCUCCUGACUUCAAUGGGAUAUUUUUAACAAAUAGCCAUCAAGUUGGUUUGUGAGACACUACACAAACAUGUACUGCAAGUUUACUGCAAAGUAUCCAAUCCAACAGCAUGAUGUAUUACAACAAACAAAAUACAUAUCCACUACAAACAACAAGAACAACAAGCAAGCAAACAAACAGCAAAUCUGCAACAACUGUUGUACAUUGAAAUAAGACAGGUGUAUUGCUGGAGUGGUAACAUGGACGGAGCAUUGCACCACUUACAACAAGUCUUGCUCAUUCUAGCACUUACAGUACCAGCCGUCUUGAACUGACACUCAACUGUUUAAGAACAGCACUCACUGAUGCACUUAUUCUUACUGUACUCUACCGUUUUUACAUUCUCCUAAA